AUGGCGGCUUUGGUUUGGUCUGUGCGCCCUCUAAAGGAGAAUUUUAACUCCCGGCCCGAUCGUUUCAGCAUGAAUGACGGUAUUGGCGCAGCUCUCAGGCACCGACUCGGGCGGAGUUUGCUGCUAGUGCGAGGGGCGCGGGAGAUCCACAUCGUCACAAACCCAGCUUUCUUUAAUGGUAAUGGCAAGGUGCAAUGCGCAACUGUGCACGGCGAUCAAAAGGUGGGUACCGCGGGCACGGCGACUAUCUUUGGGAUCAUAUUCGGUUGGCUCUCUGUCGGAGCGGUUACAGUGCUGGCGUGGACAACUGAAUCCGGGUCAACUCGGCAGAGAAUCGGAAAGCUCGUUCCACAAGUCGCUCAUCUAUGA